GUAAGCUCACGCUCACGCGCGCACACUGGGGAUUUCCACCCAAGCGCUUGUUUCCUUCACUUGUUUUGCUUUCGAUCUGAAGAGCGAAAUCAAACCCAAUUGACUUUUUGUUUUGUUAUCGAGAACUACAAAUUGUCAAGACUCUCCAUACACUCGUUGCUAUUAUUCCUGGAGUGAUUUCCACGCGUCGCAGGCCAGCAUGCCGGUGGAGAGAAUGCGUAUGAGACCAUGGUUGGAAGAGCAGAUAAACUCUUGUAAAAUACCGGGGCUCAAAUGGGUCAACAAGGAGAAGAGAAUAUUCCAGAUUCCAUGGAUGCAUGCUGCGCGACACGGCUGGGAUGUGGAGAAAGAUGCUCCACUCUUCCGAAACUGGGCCAUCCAUACAGGGAAAUAUCAACCAGGUGACAAACCGGACCCCAAAACAUGGAAAGCAAACUUCCGCUGUGCGAUGAACUCCCUGCCUGACAUAGAGGAGGUGAAAGACAAAAGCAUCAAAAAGGGAACAAACGCCUUCAGGGUGUACAAGAUGCUGUCAGCAUCUGAACGGCAAUCAAAGAGAGGAAAAAAGAGAGGAAUUGAAAAAGAAGAAAAGAUAAAGGCAGAGCGACCAUGCCCUGCACCUUCGAGCUGGGAAAACAGUAACGGCUCUUUGUCAUGUAAAACCCCAGUCACUAUCAAGCAGGAGGCAGAUUACUCUGGUACAGAGGCUGGUGGGCGGAGCCCUGCAGACGACCACCUGAUCAUCAACGAUCUGCCAGACGUGUGUCAGACCAUCGAGGUGGUGACUGAAAACGAGGAGCAGGCCGUGACGUCCAGCGACCUGUACCCCUUACAGAUCUCCCCUGUCUCCUCGUAUGGAGCAGAGAGCGAUACAGACAGCGCCAGUGAGGAAGACUCCAAAGAGCGUAUUCAGGCCGCGCUAUUUGGACAUGAAGACAAGAAGGUGAGGAUGGCGCUGCCUGGCAUGUCCACUUUCAUUUCUACUGACAAGCCCAACUUCAAGAUAACGACUGUCCGAGACCCCGCAUCUUCACCCUUGCAUGACCCCUUCACCGGUGGGACGACCUGGAGCCUGUUAAACACCCCUUUGCCCUCGUCCUCCCACAGCCCCGGACCCUCCAGCCAACUGUCGGUCCACGAAAAACGUGCCAGCGUCAUCAUGAAAACCUCAGACGUGUCCAAAUCCUCCGUCAAGACUUGCUGAUCAAACUUGCACGCGACGUCCAGCCGGACUCGUCGAGAACACUAUCAUCGCCUUCAAUAAAGGACCUACGAGCUCACAGGACAGCGAUGGACCACCCUACGGGAAGUUGAUCCAGUGCUCCCGGACAGGAAGUGACACGUGAGCUUAAAUUCAGGGAGUUUUUGAGCGCAGUGACAUGUAUCCGUAAGCUGCUGUAGUGAUCCGCAAGCCAUUGUGAAUGUGUAUAUAGAGGGAUCAUUGCCUAAUUGCCUUUAGUCGCCCGCGCACCUUAUGGAUGAGCACUGGCUGCCAUAAUCAGACUUUUGUAGCUCGCAAUCAAGGAUAGACUUUUUAUGAUAAAUGGCAUAAUCUUAACUUAUCUUAAGACCUUCUUUGUGAGCGAAUCAAUUUUUAUACCUUAGGGAUCUUUAUGCAAUUGAUAGGACAUGCCAUUAUACAUUAUGUGCCCUGUGAUGUAAGAAAUCCUGUGUGAAUUUGUGUCAGUUUGUGGUUUUUAUGACAAAACAAAGCACUUGUUUUAUGAUUUUCUUUUUUAUUAAGAAAAAUGCAAGUUAGAACCUUUUAAUGUGUCUCUUUCUACUGUAUAUGUGAACGUAAAGAUCUUAAGUAUAUGUUCUGCUUGUCUCGUGUCUACAGCUGUGUAUUCAAGUCCCAGAUAAUGUGUGUUUAUACACAUUCAAGGGCUUCUUUAAUGAUUUCCGCAAGAUUCUGGUGUAUAACAAUCAUGUGAUCAUAGGAAUAAAUGAUAGACACUGUCUGGGUCAGA